ACUCACCAGGUCCUCGCAGCUAUUGAUACAGAAUUAGCUGAUUCAUUGCGUUAAUUUAUUUAAAAUUUUAAUAAACUUAUUAAACGCUCACUUUUUGGAAAUAGUAGUAUAUCUGAAAUUUGUACAGGUUUAAAUAUGAAAACAUUGUUCACAAAAAGCGAUUAGAUACAAAUUCCCAAGUUCGUAUACCUGCGAGGGCCGUCCUCAAAACGCGCGAAAGCCGCUCGUGACCCCGCCUGCUCCACGCUGGGGCUUGAAGUCGUUAAGCCCGCCAACACUCCGCAUUCACUCAGGAGUGUCGUUGCUGCUGCUUCUCGGUGUGGUGGGUUUCAGCAGGAAAGAAGUAACGAAAAUGGAUUUCAUUCUUUCUCAAAUGCAAGCUUCUCCACACCUUUUCAGAGCAAAGGUUGUGCUUUCAAAAGUGGAUUGUAGCCAGUUCAGGAAUGUGCCACCAGUGCUGAUGGAAACUUCCUCCUCUUCUUCGUCUUCUGAUGACAGCUGCGACAGCUUUGGCUCAGAUGGCUUUGUGAAAAAACAGGUUGGCAGCAGAAAUGUCAAAGAACUGGCAGUUAUUUUUGAUGAGGACUCCGAUACAGAGUCUUUCUGCGGUUUUUCCAGUGAAGAGCUCACAGAUGUCAUGGAUGCAAUGAAAGUGGACUCAGUGGAGGAUGAGUCUUUGGAGCUGUCGAGUAAGAGUAAGACCCCAUUCAGUCUAAAGGUGGCAUUUAAGUUCCCAGCAAAGCGUCAAGGGAGAAAAAGAGCCCCCCCCACCCUUUCUGUCCCCAAGGCACAGGGCCGUAGCUCCGAUCCAGAUUUGGAAUCUGAUGAAGAGAAAGGAAUGAGCUUCAUUGAGAAGAGGGCAUUGAACAUUAAGGAGAACAAGGCCAUGCUUGCCAAGCUAAUGGCAGAGCUGAAGCACAUGCCGGGUCUUUCCAGUAUGCGGAGGUCUUUUCCUUUGACACCUAUGCAGCCGCGGAAUCCUCCUCGUCGUUUACUCGGUACAGGGCCUGCACGGCGAAAUCCAGAACGCAGCUCACGGGUUCACACCCGCUCCCGUUCACUCAUCGAUGGUCCCCCGAGCCCCACCCCUGAAGAGGAUAGUGAUGAUGACAAAUACAGCCUUGUCAGAAGGAGGAAGAUGUGGGAUGAUAUGGCCGAACCUCGCAGGAGGAGCUCAGGUGGUUUAAUGACCAUUCCUCAUGUGGUGCGUCCAGUGGAAGACAUUACUGAAGUGGAGCUGGACAACAUCUGCUUCAAUGUCCGCGAGAAAGUGUACAACAGAGAGACAGGAUCUACUUGUCACCAGUGCCGGCAGAAGACAACCGACACAAAAACAAAUUGCCGAAAUCCUGAUUGCGUAGGAGUGAGGGGUCAGUUUUGUGGCCCCUGUCUGCGGAACCGCUAUGGAGAGGAAGUGCGUAAUGCCCUUCUGGAUCCUAGCUGGUACUGUCCACCUUGUCGAGGAAUAUGUAACUGUAGUUUCUGCCGACAACGGGAAGGCCGCUGUGCUACUGGUGUCCUAGUCUACUUGGCGAAAUAUCACGGAUAUGACAACGUGCACGCCUAUCUGAAAAGCCUCAAGAAAGAACUGGAGCAAGAGGAAGAAAAUGCAAACUGCAGUUCUUAAAAUGCACUGAAAAGUUUGAACAGUCUGGUACUGUCCAAGUCAAUGUGUUUGUGCGGCUGCCAUUUACUUCUUAAAACACAUUUGUCAUCUGUACUGGUGAUCUGUUGCUUGUCAACAUCUAAAACUAAUUCAAAUCAUGCAAAUGGUUUGAUUAGUAUAAGCACUACUGCACCUAGACAAUACUUGUAGAAAGUCAUCCUGCUUUGUCAGGUAUGCCACUGAAAUAUUUUGAGGCUGUGACCAUGAGGCACCAUGGAAAAUUUAGCCUGAUCAUUUUAUAGGCUACCUGAAGGGAGGGAAUUACACCAUCCUUAUCUCAGAGUCCCAUUUGGUGGGCAAAAAUUAAACAAAUUAUUUGUUUUGCAUUCCAUGGACUACAUCCUUUAUUUUACAUUGGAGAAGUUUUUUACACCCUGGAGAUUUCCUGCAGGUGUGAACACUGGCUGGUGUUGCUAUUUCGGUUGAGGCAGCUAAUUGAGGUUUACUGUAUUUACUCGCGUAUAAGUCAGGUCUUGAAACCCAAAAAAUCAGACCCCUACUUGUAUACCCGAUCAAAAAUAUGACACUUCGAUUUUUGUUGCAGCUCAAUUACCAAUUUCUUUCGCCACUUCAACAACUUUAAAUUGAAAGCCAUCAAUUUGUUUUCUUCUGAUCAAACGCUCCAUCUCGUAGAUGAGGGGUGGAUGAAGGUGUGAGACACACAACAGUGCAAAUGUCGCUCCAGAUAGUUUAGGUAUUGCCGUGUUGUCACAUAGUCACAAUACAUAGAAAAAAAAGGCUGUGUGCUCCAUGGUUACUCUCUCAGGUGGGCGUUAGCAGAUCAUAAUCUCUUGGACCAACUGAGUAAGUUUUCCACAUUCGACUAAUACGACUAUAAUUAAGUCCCGAUCUAUAUGCGGUAGAACUUAUCCGCGAGUAUAUACGGUAGCUGGAUCAAAGUUUGAAUUUUUUUUUUUUAACAUUAUGCGAUGGUAAUAGUUUGUAAGAGAUUGUUAGGGGCAGUAUAAUCCUUUAUCUUCUAUCUCUAAACCAUAAGUUGUGAAUUUUUAAGAUGUAUUGUACUGGGUUGUCAAUCCAGCUUUCUUCCACAUAGUUCAAAUUUCUACUUGCAAAACAGAUUUAUGUAGCACCUUACAUUCAUGAGCACCAUCAUAUUGCCAUCUAAGGGUUUGGCAUGAUGGCUUGCUUUCUUCCCGGAACAAUGUCAGGAUUAUUGUUUCAUUCAUGAUCACUUAAAAGGCUGAGCUGUAGGGAAUGUUUAGCAGUCAUCUUCUUUACUCUCUGCUAGUUCUGCCAUUUGGAAAUUUUCACUGCCUGCCUUAAUGGUAGUGUGAUGUGCAUCAAAACGCAACUUUAUAGCAUCAAAUGCUUCCAAAUCCCUACGUUACUGUGUAUAGUGCCUUCUCUGAAAAGUAUUCCAAACCAGUGUAUGUGUCUAGAUCAGCAUUUUUAUAAAGAUAGGUAAGUGCAGACCUGUGGUUGGGACUCUCGGGUGCAACUCAUUACUUUUAGGAAAUCGCAGCUGAAGAGAUUUCAGUUUAUUGUACAUAGCAAAACAAAAGUAAAGCUUCCUCCCAACCCUGCUCGCCAUAACGCAUGUUUAGAAGAUGGAUGUAUGCAUAAAUGACGAGUUAUCUUUGUAGAAGUGUUCUGUAGGUCACAUCAACCUCAGGGCCGGGGAUAUACUUGACACUCUAUAAACACUUACACGCACGUAUCAUGGCUGCCUCACGUUCCCAGCUCUCUUUUUGAUGCGUCCUCUGAGCAUGUCGUCAGAAAUUAACAUGACACGUGUGGAAGUUGCAGUUCCAGCAACAAUUUUUGGAUGGUGUGCGUGUUCAAGUUUUGGUAUGUGAUGUCUGCUUAGUUGUUUACUAUCAACAUGUCCAUAAUGAUGAACCUGCCUGUCAGAACAGCUGGCAUCAGAUCACCAUGUCUUUGUAAGUGGAUUUGGAAAUGUGCAGGUUGAAAUAGAAGGAAAUUCGAGACGUGUGCUUGCAAGGCGGCCGUUGCAAGAUAACACGAUGUGGCGACAAGCUGCAUUGCACCUCCAACAGGAUCAAUAUGCGUGCUUCGAUGUUGGAUGAAUAGUUUGAUGCAGAGAAGCAAAUCAUCAAACUUAAAUGCUGGCAUCCACAUAUAUUCUUGGUGCUUUUCUUCAUCUGUUUCUCAUAUAGGCAAUACAAGCAUUGCAUAUCCCCCAUUGUAGUGACACAAUACAUUUAAAGGUCUUGCAUAACAUUUGUGUCGUUGUUUGUAGUCUUUUAUUGUACCUUUUGAAAUCCUGUUGAUUUACAUAAACUAAGAGUGCAAAUGUAGUCAGUACACUGCUUGCGUAGCAGCAGCGUACACAGUGUCAAAUUGCUGUCAAUUUGUGUUCAUUUUUCUGCUAAAAAUGUUGUAUGAAUCAAAACACUUCCUUCCCAUGUUCACAUUUACACCACUGUCAUAAUUUGUGCAAGUGUGAGGCAUUUAUGAGUUCUAUGGAAGUAGAAAACAGAAGAGGGCCAUUUGUGCCCAUCAUUGUGUGUUGUUGUUGUGUUUUUUUUUUUUUUGGUUUUUUUUACGAGUCUCCAGCACAUUAUGUCACUGAGAGCCAUGAAAAUGGAUGUUACAGAUGCCGUAUUCUGAAUGCUGUUCACUUUAUUAGAUUUUUAUUUUUUUAAUGGCCUGCCAGUGUCCCGUUUCAGUGACACAUUGUGGGCCGCAUAGCUCAUUGUUUUUGUAUCCCGUAACAUGAAUACUAGGCCAGUCUGAGAGAAAUGUAACCUUUUUUUUUUUUGCAAAAUAAAUUCUGACACGUCUCGUAAAUUGAGCUCUUUUAGCAGUUUCUUGUAUUCAGCUAGCUUACCUUUGACCAAAUUGCUUUCUCAAAGCUCUCCACAGGUUCUGUCAGGACUUUUUCAAUGCCCAGUACUGAGCUCUACAAUUUUGCCUGUGUGUAUGUGCAGACAGCAUGGGCCCUUCUUUUUUGUGGUUAGGCACUCUGUGAUUAUUUAGCAUUGUUACUUUUAAAUAUGCACAACAAAUGAUCAUAAAAUAACUGACAGCUCUGCACAUAAAACCUAAACCCGCGUGAGAAAGGUCUAAUUUUUAGGAAAUGGAUUCUGUGAGAGAGCAGGUUCUAGGCUGAUCUUAAAACGGCAGUGUCACAACCUUUUGUUUUAUAUGUUGCUUUUGCAGAUAAACCUGAGUAUUUUAGUGGCCUGCCGCCUGGAGACUGAGCCAGUUGUGUCAUUACUGGCCCUGUGCACAGCCUGCAUCCUUAACUGCUGCUUUUCUGAUUGCGGGUUUUUUAUUGUUUAGUAUUAUCUGUAGCAUAUUUGUCUUAAUGUUCUGAGGAAUGGUGCCUGAAUUUUAAGAUUACAAUUAUCAGUUGCAUUGAUAUUUGAAUUACUUUGAUACAACUGUGAAACCUGUCAUCUGUUUAUUAAAAUAGCUUUGGAGAGGGAAAAAAAUAAG